AUGAAGUACGUCAAGCUCGGAAGCAGCGGUCUUCGCGUCUCCCCCAUCUGUGUCGGAUGCAUGAGCUUCGGCCAACCCGACAAACAGUUCCAAUGGACCCUCCCUGAAGAGGAAGCCCUCCCGGUGCUGGACCACUGCUACCGCUCAGGACUGAACUUCUUCGACACCGCCAAUGUCUACACUAACGGUAACUCGGAGGGGAUCCUGGGCAAGGCGAUCAAAAAGUUCAACUGGCGCCGCGAAGCUAUCGUUAUCGCCACCAAGUUGUGCGCGCCUGUUGGACAUUCGCAAGACGAGACGCCGUUGUUCAUGAGCGAGGACGAUCGGAAUAACGCUGGCUACGUCAAUCAAUACGGGCUGAGCCGGAAGCAUAUUUUCGAAAGCGUCGACGCUAGUCUAGAGCGAUUGGGCUUGCCUUACGUCGACCUGCUCCAGAUCCACCGCGCGGACCCCAGCACCCCCGCCAAAGAGACCAUGGAAGCACUCCACGACAUCGUCAAAUCCGGCAAAGUGCGCUACAUCGGCGCGUCCUCCAUGUGGGCCCACCAACUCCUCGAAUACCAAUACACCGCACGCCUGCACGGCUGGACCGAAUUCAUCUCCAUGCAGAACCUCUACAACGCGACCUACCGCGAAGAAGAGCGCGAGAUGUUCCCCGCUUGCGCACAAUUCGGGAUGGCCUCCAUCCCCUGGUCGCCCGUGGCAAUGGGCUUCCUCGCCAGACCAUGGAAGGCAUUCCAGGAAUCAGCUCGCGGGCAGAGCAUGAACGGGGCGUUCAUGGGACAUCCCAUUACCGACGUGGAUAAGAAGAUUAAUGAGAAGAUUGAGGAGAUUGCGAGUGCGCGGGAUGUGUCGAUGGCGAUUGUGGCAUUGGCGUGGGCUUUGUCGAAGCCGUUUAUUACGUCGCCGAUUGUGGGGAUGAGUAAGAAGGAGCGCGUUGAUGAGGCUGUGAAGGCUAUUGAGUUUAAGCUGAGUGAGGAGGAGAUUAAGAAUAUUGAUGAGUUGUAUGUUCCUAAGGGGGUUAUUGGGCAUCGUUGA